AUGUUUACAUUUGUUCGGACAGACAUUCUGGUGCUAGCUAGCUAACGAAUAAAAAAAAUUGUACGUAGACAGUAUAAGUGACUUCUAGCUACAUACACAAACUGCGAAAGCAAAAGGACUGUACUCCUAACGUUUAAAACGAGGUCAGUUUUUAAGAUUAUUUUAAAAGGCGAAUGUUACAGUAAACCGAAUGAAGCUCUACUACUAGCAAACCAGUCACGGCAAAGUUAACGUUAGCCAAUUUUAACAUGGAUUACAACGUCAGUUACUGAACAAACUCGCCAUUUGAUGCAGUGCCAGAGUGCAGAAGCAGCAGACUCUUCCCUGAGAGAUGGAAUGGAGUCUCUGGGAGUUAAGGAGGAAGAUAAGGCUGCGGUUAUGAGACAGGAUGAAGAUGAUACUAAGGGAAAAGAAGGGAUGGAUGCAACAGCUGGAACAAAUGAGGACAGAGCUGAAGAUAAAGAGAAAGAUGGUGACAAUGAUGAAGAUGCCAUGGAGGAAGAAGAGCAUGAAGAAAGAAAAGAGGAAGAUGGGACAGAGGUGGAGAGAGAUACCGAACAGGAAGAGGAGGAUUGGGAGAUUCCUUGUAGUGAUGAAGAGAUCGAAAACCCUAAAAACUGGACACCACCACCUGCUGAAAUUAAGCGACUGUAUGAAAUUUUGGCCAAAGGGGAAAUGCUGGAACUGAACUGGAUUCCUCUCCCCCGACGACCCCCUACCCCACAGCAAACCCCCUCCCCAGAGAGAGAUGAUGAUUCUGAGGAGGAGAGAGAGAGAGAAAGGGAGGAGAGAGCACGCAAAGCUCCUUCCCCCACUGAGUUUGAUUUUGAUGAUGACCAAGCUUCUGUGACACCCAAAACCAGCUACAUCCAUUGCCGCACAAAACGAGGGUCCUCCGCUCGUUCCGCGGUGCGAAGGGAGGCCAGGCUGGACAAGGUGCUGUCUGACAUGAAGAGGCACCGAAAGAUCGAGGAGCACAUCCUCAGGACAGGCCGUGACCUCUUCAAAAGCGAGAACGGGAGGGCAGCCGGAGGAGGGGAGAGGCAGGCCCUCUCUCCCAACUCCCAGAGAGAAAGGGAAAAGGAAAGGGAGAGAGACAGUGACCCCAGUACGAUCUUUUCACCCAGACAGAGGCGUUAUUGAGGCUGAGAGACAAACUGAGGGAGUCCUCAGGUCUUACUUGCCAAACCGGAGGUUUGUACUUGUAAAUAAUGUUUUAAUUAUUGAUAGUUAAAAUAAACCUUUUACUGAAAUUGG